UACCACCAUAAAUUAUACACCCAAAACACUUUUUUUUUUACUCAAACCCCAUGGCGAAACGCUCAAAAUCGAAGAACCUAUUGAAGGACGAUGCUACAUACAAGGCCUCAAAUUCGUCAGAGCAAGACGAUGCAGAUUCCGACCUCGAAGCCCGAGAAACGUCGCCGUCAAUGGACAAUGACGCCGGUGACAAAGAGGCAAAGACGGACAAGAAAUCAACCAACAAAAGAAGAAAAACAGAUAUGUCUUGUAUAUCGUCAGAACACUCACAGGCGGUAGAAGUAGUUGUUGCCAAUGAAGAUUUGCUAAGAGAGAUCCUUUUCCAUGUGCCUGCAAAGUCACUCCUCAAAUUCAAGUCUGUAUCUAAGCACUGGCGCUCUCUCAUCUCUGAUUCACUGUUUGCCUCCAACCACGCCUGCCGAAAUUCCAGUUCCUCCUUGAUCUCAGGCCUCUACUUCUAUCAACUCAAGUCUGUCUCACUUCAUGGACACCUAAGUCUUCCCACACCUGCCUUCCUUGAUUCCAUUCGGGAAGGAUCGGAGUCUAGGGUUGUCGACUCUUGCAAUGGUCUACUAUUGUUUUCGAAUGGUGGCAAAAUGAAGUAUAUUGUUUGUAAUCCGACCACCCAGAAAUAUAUUGCACUUCCCCAACAUGGUGGCAGCACUUCAUAUAGUUCAACUUGGGGUUUUGGUGCCUACUUUGCUUUUGAUCCUUCAAAAUCGCCAUACUACAAAGUUGUAUUGGUAAGUUGCCAUUCUAGGUCUUAUCAGAUUUAUAUUCACUCUUCAAAGAGUGCGUCUUGGAAAGAAAUGCAUGUAAAACCACCCAAUGGUGGCUCAGUUGGAUGUAAGGUCUUUUGGAAUGGAGCAAUUCAUUGGACGAGUCACGCCAAUGUUCACAAUCGGUUUGACAUUGAUGCAGAGAACCUGACAAGUAUGCCAAUGUUCCUGGGUAAAGAUGAGAUUUGGUAUUUUGGCGAAUGUGGUGGAAGUUUGCUUCGUAUUCAGACUGUGUACCCUUCUUUGGGAUUCAGAGUCCUUGAGAUGAAAAAAGACUGCUGUCGUUGGAUUGUGAAGCAUCAGUUCAGUGUGAAACCCAUACAUUCUGUACACCCUAAAGGAUACCGCACAGGUGUACCAAAAAAAGGGUACCGCGCAAAAUGCGGGGUGUUGUGGCCGAUCAAAAUAAAAGAAUAUAAGGUGUUGUGUUGUGUAAACGGAGCAAACGAAAAAGAUUUCACGGUCGCAUUUGUAAUUACGGGAAAAGUUAUUUCAUAUAAUCUGAAUGGGAAGACAGUGAAGGUGCUUCUUGAGAAUUUAAAAAUUUCUCCUUAUUCGUUCUUCAAUUUACAUGCCCUUUGAGAAUUUAAAAACUCAUCAAAACGUCUGCCACAAACCAUAAUCUUUCUAGGCAUAUCAUAUCACCCAAAGCCAAGUACUUCGUUUUACAACUGAUUAUGCAAUUGAAAUCAAACUUAUAUAUAUAUAUAUAUAUAUAUUGAGAAGAUCAAAAUAUAUUAACGAACUAAGAACGCCUAUGAAAGGCUACAAGAGAAGCAAAUCGGGCGGGGAAUUCAACCAAAGGAAAAGCGUAAACUAUUAGAUGCAAGCCAAUGCUCCACUCUAGUUCUCUCCCUAUUACACCCCAGACAAAGGACCACUUCUUACUAGCAGCCCAGCUCUUCAUAUCUUCUACCAUGGCAUAAAUCUCCCGCGGACAUUGACUGUUACAACCAUUCAUGCAGUCAACUAUCAUUUCAUUUUGCAAUCAGUCUAGAAAAUCACCUCUGGAAAGUCCAACUCUAACCCCAUACCAAAAGCAAUUCUCAGCGCCCAAGCGUCGAUAGCAACUGCCGAGGAGACCUUAGCUCCCCACAACGGCACAAUUGAGCAAUUCCAUCACUGUCUCUGACAACGAUGCCUGCCAAAGGUAGCUAAGCUACGGGAGGAAGAGUAAGCUCCAUCACAAUUAACUUUAAACACAGACAAAGGAAGUGGAUUCCAGCCUCCACUCCGAGAAUGACUUUGAGAGGGGAUAAAGGUAGCAGAUUUCACCCCGGGAAAAACAGCAUCUAGAUAAUCAGCAUUAGCCAAAUUAGCUUUGGAGAGAACAUUCUCGGGAUUAGGAAUUGUCCCCUUGAACACAAAAAAAUUACGCCCUUUCCAAAUUGCCAAACAGAGUUGAAAAAUAAGAGCAAUCACAUCAUUAGGAGACUCCUUAGCUAAAUUUCCACACAGAAGCUCAAACACCCAUUUAUCUGCAGCUGUGAUUAUCCCAUCCAACACCCAAAAGGAACAACCACUUCCAAGCCAAACUGUUCUGGUCCAACACCGAAACAAAAUGUGCUCAAUAGAUUCACUCUCAGUUUCACAAAUGGGGCAGAGGGGGCUCGGGGAACACUUUCCGAAAAAUAUUUGCACGACAUGCAACCCAUCAAACUGAUAAUAAACCCUCCAAAACCUCACAAAUUUAACAGACAAACCCAAUUCAUGAACAAGAACCACCAAGCUCCCCAAACCGAACACAUUAUUACAUCCAGAAACUGAACAAUUAAAAAAUAUACAUAUAACUGUGUGUACAUACGCAUAAACAGUAGGCAAUUCAAUGAUUUGGCUCAGAUCUGGUAUGACGAGGCAAGAAACUGACUCCGCCAUGGCUGCAAGCAACAGUUGCCCAUAAGGUUGAGAGAGGAAAUUGGGGUGAAGAGAAGAUUUGGGUAAGGAUAAAUAAUGGGUUGCAAAUAGAAUCAGCCACAAUCCCUCCCUCCCCUCAAAUGGGCCCUUUGUUUUAUCCCGCCAAGAAACGGAUCGGAUCCUUUUGCCUGAAGAUCAUCUUCUCAGAAAGCUACCUAUCAUCACAACCUUUAAGUACAGGAGUGCAAUGAAAAAAGAACCAGCUGGUGCACAUUUAUAAGCUUUCCUCCAUGUCCAAGAACACCAAAUAAUUUUCCACACAUACACAACACACAAAAUAAUUUUCCACACACACUAUGCAGGCAAACAUAUUGUAUAUGUGUACGUCUACGAGAGAGAGGGUUGUUGGUUUUGUGGGGGAAAUCAUCGGCUCAAAUGAUCCAAAAAGGGAUCAACUUUGUGGAAGAGAGGGGCAACCACCGUUAGAAACAACCCAUCUUUCUUUUGGAACCUCAUUCUUGAGAAAAAGAAGAGGUAUGUAGAAGAGCUGAACCCUUCUUUGUUUCUUUUGUUUUGAUAGGCAAGCUGAACCCAUUUUGAGUUCAACCCUUGUUCUUGGUCCAAGCUCCCAAAUUAUAGCCCCAAAAACCUCGCGGUUUGAGCGGCAUUGCUGAGGUAUGGGUAUAAGGUGGAGUUUUCAUCAAGUUCUUGGUGAAAAAACAUAGGCCAUUUUACCAUCUUGUUCACACUAACUGACAACUUGUCAACAACUUUUUUACUCACAUAUUCAUCUACAACUUAUUCACCACCCGAAACAACUUGACAUUUCUCAACAAAUUAUUUACUACCGGAAAUAAUUAACAACUUAAUUGUAAAAAUUCUUUCUCAAAACUUAUUCAUUACCGGAAACGCCCCCAGAACAUUUUGGACAUUUAUCUAGAGGGCAUUUUCGUAUUCUGGAUGAACAUAAUCAUGCUCUGGGUUUUUUUUCCCAAUACGAAAUACGGAGUAUGAUUUAUUGGGGGAGGACAUCUCCACCCAAUCUUUCAAAUCUCCAGAUUGGAUGAAAAAAUUUCAGAUGCAUGUAUAGGGGUUAGGCUCAGAUCUGUGUAUGAUCAGAAAAGAGUCCAAAUCCGCCAUGGCUGCAGACACAGUUAACCGUGAGAGAAAAAAGAAGAAAACCCCCUUCAUCUCCCACAGCUGUGCAUGCCCCGCCACCAAGAAACGGUCGGAUCCUCUAUCACCUGAAUCAUCUGCCAGAAAAAGCUAUCAUCACAGCCAAAGUUUUGGUUUUCUUUUCCAUCGUACGUUCCGCUUUUGGGUAACCUUGUUGGAUACUGGACGGGAUCUUAACUUAAAUGUCAUUUUCCAGGUUCUGAUUUCCCAGCAAAAGCGCGCGCAAAUACACAUACACACACAUAGAUAGAUGCAUACAUACAUACAUGUAGAGAGAGAGAGAGAGAGAGAGAGAGAGAGAUGGGAGGGUUGUUGAUUGUUUUGGAGGAAUCAUCGGCUGUGAUGAUCUGAUUAGAGAUCAUAAUCUUGAUUAGCAGAGAGGGGCAACCACCCUCAGAAACACCCACUAAUCUCUCUGCUGAAAGCCUCAAAAUCCUGAAGCACAGCCUUGCUUCGCAUUACCAAAUGGUGUACCCAUAGACAGUUCGCAACAGAGAGUAAGGCCCGUUCCGCUAAUAA